UCAUUCAAUUUCUAAUUCUGGCUAAUAAUAAAAUACUUGUGUAGUUGAUUGAUAUCCAAACAUCUUGCUCGCAACUAUUUCUCUAUCCAAAUAUCAAUCAAGUUUUCAGUUCUUCAAGAUCCUUUCCACGUCCAAUUCCAACGAAACUAAAGUCAAGUUUCUCGCAAUUGGGCCAUUGGAGCCGCUGCUAUGCUAUAAUCUUGCUACUUCCGCUAUUCAACGAUUCUUCUUUCGAUCAGGAAACUGAAACUUGAUUAGUUGAUUAUGUCAGUGAAGCAGGUUAGGUUAGGCUAUGAUGGAUGAAGCAGAAACACCUACAUUAAGCACUGACAAUUCAGGUCACAAACAUGGCGGAUAUCCUAAUUUUGUCAGUGAUGCUUUGAAGAACUUUGCCUCUUUUCCGCAGAGAAUGCGCCAGAUUGUUCAAUUUCCUUUCAAACCAUCAAAGAGAGAUGACUAUUUAACAUCCUCUGAGCAUCCAAUGAAAAACAGCAUGGAGUUGUCUUCUUCUGUGGAGUUGAGUUUAGAGAAGCAAAUGAAUGCUUGGAAAGACAAUCCGGCAUGGACGGAAAAUCCUCCUGAUAUAAAGGUCACUGUACCUAAAGGUUCACUUUGCAAUCUAAGUUUGAGGGUCGAUGUUGGAUUACCACCCGAUGCAAUAUACAAUAUUGUCACCGAUCGCGAUAACAAAAGAGUUUUCAAAAACAUUAAGGAAGUAAUAUCCAGAAAAGUGAUAGUGGAUGAAGGACUAAGGCAGGUUGUCGAAGUAGAGCAAGCAGCCAUUUGGAGAUUCCUUUGGUGGUCGGGAACAAUCUCUGUCCAUGUCUUGGUCGACCAGAACAGACAAGAUCACACGAUGAAGUUCAAACAAAUCAAAUCAGGAUUCAUGGAAAAGUUCGAAGGCUCCUGGAAGAUCGAACCUUUAUUCGUCGACCAUGAGCUAUGUCAUCCACCAAAACCAAACUCAGUAGAGGAAUACAUUUCUUGCACCAAAGGCAAGGGAAGAAUCGGGUCGAAGCUGAGGUUAGAGCAACUUAUACAACCAUCUAUUGUCCCUCCCCCGCCGAUAUCAUGGUACCUAAGAGGAAUCACUACAAAGACCACCGAGAUGCUGAUUAAUGACUUCCUGGCCGAAGCUGCCAGAAUUCGGACAAGUUGGGGCAAAGACACUGAUAACACCGAAGAAAACUAUGCCGAAAACUUAGAUCGAAGAGGUGAUGCUCUUAAUGUGAAACAAAGAUGGGCUAUGAUGAGGAGGAAAAAGUUAAGGCAUUCUCAUAGAAGAUUGUCCAGUAUGGAUUCAAAUUCCAUUUAGAUAGAUUGUAGCUGGGAAUUUUAUGGCAAAUCCUGCCAAUGAUACACACUAUAAGGUGUGUUUUAUCAUUGGUGGAAGAGUUAUUGUACCACUAUCAAUAAAUGUUGAAUAUAAUCAUAAUCGAUGUUCCUA